UUCUUCUGUCCAACCAAUCAGGAAUGACAAUACGGAAAAAUUUCUACCCUCGCAGGUAUAAAAGCGAGCCUCAUGGUCGUGUUCGACAUUAGUUUGAAUCGUUCGUUCGUUCGUUUAAUACAAAGCAAAAAAUGACUGGUCGAGGUAAAGGAGGAAAAGGACUCGGAAAGGGAGGCGCCAAGCGUCAUCGCAAGGUCCUUCGUGAUAACAUCCAGGGUAUUACUAAGCCCGCCAUCCGUCGUCUGGCGCGUCGUGGAGGAGUAAAACGUAUCUCCGGCCUGAUCUAUGAAGAAACCCGAGGUGUAUUGAAGGUUUUCCUGGAAAACGUUAUCCGUGACGCAGUCACUUAUACUGAACACGCUAAGCGCAAGACCGUCACUGCCAUGGAUGUCGUGUAUGCACUGAAACGACAGGGACGCACGCUGUAUGGAUUUGGAGGUUAAAUAAUUCGAACUACUAACGACAAAAGGCCUUUUUCAAGGCCACAAAAUUAUAAAUGAAGGUCUACUUGAAAUAAAUCAUAUUUUCUUUUCGUGGAAAAGCCUUCAAUAUGACGUUUCAUAAUGAUUGUGUAAUGUUGCUUUAUAUGUACAUUACCAUGCGGGGUGUUCGUUUUUAGGUAUUGUUGUAUAAGGUGGCCUCUAAUUAACAGUAGGAAGAUAUAAGUUUGGAAGAAAAGUUAGGAGAAUAGAGAAUGUGGGAAAGGAUUUAUUUAAGCGUAGAAGACAAAUGCGAAGACUAUAUCAUUUGGUAUAAUAUCUUAUCAAAUGUCAAAUCUCACCUGGGAUUUCAGACCAGCCUUCAUUGUUAUGUAUUUUAAUGGCUGCUAGCUCAGGCUGGUCUCUAAAAAAUCU